UUGGCUUAGUUCCGCGGGCCCAGACAGUUCGUUUUGAAGCCUCCAUUCUAGUCCUAGCCCACCCAUUCCGUUUGGACUCUGAUUAACUUUCCCUCCCGACGAGCAUUAGUUGCGUUGGUGCUUCCGCAUUCCGCAAAUUUGUGUCAAUUGCCACCAGGCAGGACACGUUAGUGAAGAAUCCUGCCGCAGGCUUCAACUUCGAGCCUCGAGUCCCGGUUUUCGUGAUAACUUGAUGAGUAUUCAAUUGGAGCUCAAUCAGUUAACAACAGUGUCCUAGUGCGCGGAUUGAAUUGUGAAACCAAAUAGUGUAACCAUAAAGAAGUGCUUAAAAACUUAAUAUAUUGAUUUAGAAAAUACAAAAACAUUUUUCUAAUAAAAAAUGCAGGCGUACCGCGAUAACUUCAAGCAAACGCCCUGCCCAUCGGCCGUCGACCUUCAGGCCCCGUCGCACCCGCCGGCCCACCAGCCCGCCGCCCGCCUGCCUUUCGCGCGCACUCAACGGGGGCGUGACCCAUCGGCCGGUGCCAGUUCGGUUGCCGCCUCCGGCGCUCUCACACCCAGAAUGAUGAGUCCGGGUCCGCCGGGUGGUGGUGGUGGUGGCGGCGUUGGAGGGGCCGGGGAUCCCUCGGCACUGCUGCGCCAGAACCAGGAGCUGCGCCAGCGUCUGGCGGAUGAGUCGCACAGCUACCGACGCCGCCUGGACACCUAUAAGCAGGCUCAGCACAACCAGGCGAAUCUGGUCAGCCGGCUCCAGUCGAAGAUCCAGCAGUACCGUCAGAGGUGCAGUGACCUGGAGGAGCGGAUGCAUGAGACGAUCAAGCCUACUGCAGGAACAGGACCUAAGCUAACCACUGGUCCAACCACCAGUCAGGUGCUGUGCUCCACUUCGCUGACCCUAGGCCAGAGCAGCCUGCCCUGCAGCUCUUCGCUAGACUCGCCACCGCCCAGCUGCAGUCGCGACUACGUGCACGACGAUGUCCUGGUGUCCGGGGCAGGGGCCGGAGGGACUGCUGAUCUGUGCCGAAAAUUGGAUGAGGAGCACCAGCGCUGCGAGCAAAUCCUAGCCCAAAACAGCGCUCUGCGCCAGCAGUUGGAGGAGUCGAAUCGCACCAACGAAGCCCUAACCAAUGACCUACAGAAGCUAACCAACGACUGGGCCGGCCUCCGGGAUGAGCUGCUCAUCAAGGAGGACGAGUUCAAGGAGGAGGAGCAGGCCUUCAAGGACUACUACAACAGCGAACACAACCGUCUGCUGAAGAUGUGGCGCGAGGUAGUGGCUGUGAAGCGCUCCUUCAAGGAGAUGCAAACAGCCAUGAAGGCGGAGGUGGCCAAAAUGGGCCAGGAGAUCAACUGUGUGAACAAGGACAUCAAUGGCUCGAAUGCGUCAGUGGCCUUCGCCCAACAGCAGGCCAAGCGGGCGGCGGAUGAGGAGCUCAAGCAAUCCCAGCGCAGCAACGACGAUCUGCAGAAUCAACUGGCCACCCUGAAGGUGCAAUACGAGAGUGCCCGGCACGAGAUCAUGGAGCGCGACCAGCGUCUGCUGGAGCUGAUGAACCAGCUGAAGAAGCUGGAAGAUCGGUGCGCCCAGGCCGAGUCCCAGGCUGCUUUGGCUAGCCGGUAUAGUGAUGAAAUCGAGCGCCUCAACAAUUCCAUGCGCGAGAUUGCACAGGCUGUCGUUCAAGAUGCGGAGAUCGCGGAUCGCGAGGCGGACGCCGAGGUCGCCGGCGGGGCCAUGCAGCACAUGCAUCUGACGCGUGACUCCGCCUCAGUGGCUGGCGGAGCAGGGGGAAGCACCGUCGGCGGCGGCGCCGGUAAAUCUCCACGGCGGAAUUCGACACGCGCAUCUCAGGCCUUCGCCGAGGGUACCAUUUCCGCUGUCCAGGCGGCGCUCCACAAGUACCAACUGGCCCUGCACGACAUGCAGGUGAAGUUCCAGCAUACCAGUGACACUCUCCGCACCACCAAGUCCCAGCUCGACACCAGUGAAGGCACCAAGCAGCUCCUAACCACCAAGAUGCAGCAGCUCACCGAGAAGCUGGAUGCCAGCAACUCAAAGUUAUCGGAGCUGUUGCAGGAGCGGGAGAGCCUCCAACGAGGACUGGACGAAGUGCGCACCCAGAAGCAACAAUCGGAGAUGGGUCGAGCGGAUAUUAAUAAUGCAUUUGAAAACCUAAGCGGCGAGUAUGAGAAACUACAACUCAACUGCGGAAAACUCCAAAAACGCAUUGAUUCCAUGGAGGAAGAUAAAAAGGCAGUGGAACUGGAGAUCCAGCGCAUUUUGAAGGACAAGAAUAUAACCGAAUUGAACUUAAGAUCCGAGGAAGAUCGCAGCAGCCGUCUGAGGGAAGAAACAAUAUCCCUUCGAGAAGAACUCAAUCGAGUCAGCCUCAAUCGAGAUCUCCUGGAACAGCAACGUAUCGAGUCGGAUAACCUUAUCAACCUUCUCGAGAAGCAGAAAUCCGAUUUGGAAUAUGACUUGGACAAGUUGCUCAUGGAGAAGUGUGACCUCCAGGAGAAGCAUGAAAAGCUAUCGAGCAACAACUGCUCCACCAGUGAUGAGCUUAAGAGCGUCCAAAAUUGCCUUCAAGAAGCACAGGAUGAGCGCAAAAAGCUCCGCCACCAAACGGCAGAUCAGUGCAACGAAAUAAGUGAGCUUAAGAAGGAACUGGCGGUCCUGGAUAAAGCGCGUCUAGAACUGGAGACCGAUAACCUAUCGGCCGGGGAGAAACUGAAGUGCUUGCAGCUGGAGAAGGAGAAGAUACUGCAGGAUCUGGCCUGCGUUACCCGAGACCGUGGGGACAUUCACAACCAAUUGACGGCCAUGUGCCGGAAGAAGGAGGCCCUCAACGAGGAGCUCAUGCGCACUCGCCAGCGUUUGGAGCAAACCACAGAGACCAACAGCCGCCUCAACCGAAACCUCGAGGAGAUGGUUAAGGAUGUGGAGGAGAAGCAGGUGGUCAUCGAUCUGCAUGAAAAGGACACCCACCGCUUAAAUGAACUUUUGGCCGCGUUGCGUUCCGAGAAGGAGUCUCUGGAAUCAGUGCUCUUCGACACAAACACCUCUCUGGAGGCCACAGAAGAGCGACGCAGCCAGCUGGAAAGAGAUCUGCAGGAGGCCCUGGUGCGGGAGGAGUCCCUGAAGAAUCACGUGGCCCGUCUGCAAAAGGAACUCGAGCAAUGCCAGCGAAAGGCCCAGGAAACCAAGACGCAGCUCAUCAAUGCAGCCCGAGCGGCUGAAAGUGAUUUCAACCAGAAGAUCGCCAACCUCCAGGCCGCUGCCGAGGACGCAGCCAAGCGACAUGGUGAGGAAGUCCUCCAGCUACGUAACGCCCUGGAGAAGCGCAUGCAGCAGGCCUUGCAAGCCCUGCAAACGGCCAAGGACGACGAAAUCGAGAAGCUGCAGGAACGGCUGGCCACCUUGCAGGCCCACCUUGAGAGUCUGGUCCAACAGCACGAGGAGGCGCUGAUCCGGGCAGAGAGCGAGAAACAACAGGCUCUGCUAAUAGCACACCGGGAUAAGCAGGCUGUGGCUGAACGUCUGGACGCUGUCACCAGGGAUCUCAAGACGGAGCAGGAGUCCCUUGAUCGCAGCCGUCGCGAGGCCAAUGCUCGCGAUGAGAAACAACGUGCGGCUAUUGCCCAUCUCAAGGACGAGAUGGUACAAAUGCGUACCAAGGAAGAGGAGCACAGAAUCAAGCUGGAGGAGUGCAUCCGGAAACAGGAACUUCAACUGAGCAGCAUGAGGGAGGAACGAGACACCUUGUGUCGUUUGAGCGAGGAGUUUAAAAUGGAGAUUCGUCUAAAGGAGGACAAGAUGGAGGGCACUAACAAUGAACUGCAGGAUGCCCUGAGAAAGACCAAGGAAGGUGAGGGCUUUAUUGAUAGUCUCCGAAAGGAACUAACCGACGCCAGACGCCAGUUGGCGGACAGCAACAUCGAGCGGGACAAGUACUCCAACAGCAACAAGGAACUCCGUGAUCACGUCAAGCGAGUGGAGAGUGCCAAGAGAGAGCAGGCACGCGCCAUCGAGGAGGCUCUUCAGAAAAUCAGCAACCUGGAGGAUACCAAGAACAGUCUAGAAAACGAACGCACCAGAUUGAGCACCAUACUGAAGGAGACGGAGAACCACUUCACGAAGACCACUCAAGACUUGAAUGCCACCAAGGCGGCGUUGCAGAAGACACAAGUGGAGUUCGCUCAAAAGGACGAGGGCGGCAAGGAGCUUCAAUGCAAGCUGGUUGCCGAAGUGGAGCUCAAGGAACGGGCUCAGCAGGAGUUGUGCCAGAUUAAAAAGCAACUAUCCGACCUGGAAGCCAAUCUGUGUGCCACCCGCCAGGAACUGGGUCGAGCUCGUUGCCAGAACAACCAGGAGGAGCAUCGUUUCCAUGCCCGCGAACAGGAGUUGGCUCAACGGCUGGAGGAGGCUCGUGGCCGGGAGAAGCGUCUCGAAGAUCAGAAGCACAACUUGGAGGUGUGCCUGGCCGAUGCCACUCAGCAGAUUCAGGAGCUGAAGGCCCGGCUGGGCGGUGCCGAAGGACGCAUUCGGGCUCUGGAUGAGCAGCUCUCGUGCGUAGAACUCCACAAGCGCGAUACCGAACAAAAGCUCUCCUCUGUGGUGCACACUCUCCGCCGUAUUGCUGGAAUCCAGGUGGAUGGCAGUGUUAACCUCUCCCAUCGUUUGCUCAGUCCUUCCAGGAGAUUCAGUCCCUCUCGCAGUUGCGGGGACUACGAUGCCAGAAGCACUUCCCAAUGCCCUGAUGGACCCAUCGACGUGGACCCCGAUCUGGUGCGCAAGGGGGUUCGCAAUCUAAUGCAUCAGGUGGCACAACUGGAGCGCGAGAAGGACGAUUACAAGUCGCAACUGGGAGCCGCCAAGAAGCAGCUCCAAGAUGCGGCCGAACAGCAACUGAAAUGCGAUGCGAAGAUGGGCAAACUACAGGCCAUGCUGCGAAAUCUCCAAGAGGAGAAGAGCAACCUGGAGACCGAUCGCAAGAUGAAAAUCUCAGCCAUCCAAGCGCUAGAGGAGAAGCUCAAGCAGCGUAACGACGAGUGCCAGUUACUCCGGGAACGAUUGGUCCAAACGGAGAUGCAACUGGCAGCCACCUCGGAGGAGAACGCUCAGAACGAGGACCGUCUGGAGAAGAGCCGCCAGCUGGGCGCCAAGUUGGAUAACGAGAAACGUCAGCUGCAAGAGGAGCUGGCCAAGGUUGAGGGCAGGGCCAGUAAGUUGGACCUUCAGCGCGUGGCCAUGGAGGGUGACCUCACUCGGCUGCAAAUGGCUCUCCAGGAGAAGGAUUGCAACAUUCGCCAGGUGACGGAGCGCCUGGAGAACCAGAACCGAGCCAUGACCCAACUAGAGGAUCGCUGCACUGCUCUGAAGUCCACUGUGGACCAACUGAAGGAGCGUCUUCAGAAAUCAGCCGUGGGCGAAACCCAACUGCGUGGUGAACUUAAAACUCUGCAAAAGGAACUCUCCGAGCAGGGCCACUGCUCCCAGGCCAACGAGGACAAGGUGAAGCUGCUCCAGAAGUCCCUUCAGACCUCAGAAAACGAGAAACGUAUUCUUACCGAGCGUCUAGACAGCGCUCAGACCAAUCUCAACGAGCUGCGGCGCAGCCAACAGGCCCAGUUGGAUGGCAACCAACGGCUGCAAGAGCAGGUUACCGAUCUGGAGGUUCAGCGAUCCGCUUUGGAGUCCCAACUCCGCAUUGCCAAGUGGAAUCAGGAGAGCGGAGGUGACAAGGGCCUGACCAAUGGAAAUGGAAACGGAGCCGAGGACGAACUCAGCCGGCAGCUGAAGUCCUCGCAAAGGGAGAAAUCUGAGUUGCGCAGCAAACUGCAGACUCUACAGGACAAAGUCAAGCAAUUAGAAUGUGAGAGGAAGAGCAAGUUCUCCGGUGGAAACGCCUACGACAGGGCAGAAAAGUCCAACUCCUAUUAUGGUGGAGCAGCCGAGUCCGGGGAAUUCGACUCCAAUCGUUAUGAUAUUGGUGGAGGCAAUGGUGGCGGUAAUGGAGGUUCCUACAGCUGUGGUCUAGACCACAGUAUCAUUGAGCAGGAGACACGGGAUCUGCGUCUAAAGGUGCGUCGCCUCGAGACCCUUUUGGCGGAGAAAGAGUCCGAGCUGGCCAGGUGCAAGGCGCGGAUGAACGACAGCGCCAAGUGCAUGGAUGGAAUGGACUCGGAACGCUAUCGCAGUGCCCAGGUUCAUGCAGAGAAGCUGCUGGAUGCCAGGGAGCAGUCACACCGGCAGCAGGUCUUGCGGCUGGAGAAUCAAAUAUCCAUGCUGCGUGAGCAACUAGCCCAGGAGGCCAAGCGACGACAGCAGUACAUCCUGCGCAGCUCAAAAGCGAAUCGCGAGAUGCAACACUUGAGGAGUACCCUGGGCGAUUCCUUGCGCAAUGUUUCCCAGCAUCCGGUAGAUGCCCACCUCUUGGAGAGCGAGAGCCGACGCCUCGACUCGGCCGUUUCGAUGAGCCUGCCGCCCUCCACCUGCCGGGACUACGACCGCGACUAGUGCGUUGAACAUUUAGAUUUGGUUAAACUUGAUCCCGCCAAGAUGAUGAAGAAUUUGAGAUCACUGCCAUUUGCAUUUAUUUAUAGAGGCUUCCUGGACAACAGUAGUCUGUCCAGCAUCUGAUUUAAUCAUCGCCUGCAUUUCAAAUCGUUUGCCUUAGUACAAGUCUAGCUGUUCAUUGUCUGCCCUGAUAGACAAUCGAUAUAGUGCGUCCCCAUCCAGUCGCAUGUUCAUCUCCACACCAACUAUCUAUGCAUUAAUGGGUCACAAGUUCCGCUUCUCCCUAAACGAGGGAGAACACCGAACUAUAUAUCUCACCAGAAUUUACAUCAUUUGCAUUUACAUAUAUUGGCCAGAACACCGAACUAGUCAGCACAACAACCGAGCAUAUAUAUUUAAUCCUUAGCAAUAUAUUUAAUCCUAUAUACAGUGCAGACCUACGACUGCAUGUUUUAUAAAAAUAUAUACAAGAGAACUACACGUCUAAUGAACACAACAUAA